AUGACAAAGAACUUGGACAGUUUCCGAUAUACAGGGACUCAAAAUGUUGACAAUAACAACAAACCGUACAGAAUAACCAAGUUACUACCAAAAUUGAAAACAAAACGAAGAAUCGAAACCAAACUGUCUACUAAUAACCAGAAAUUAUCUGUGAACCUUCCUGAUUUAAAACCUUCACUAAAUGAUCACCUACAAGUUUUAUUUGUGGGAUUUAAUCCGGGUACUGAAUCAGCGAUUCAACAACAUCAUUAUGCUCAUCAUUCGAAUUUAUUUUGGAAAUUAUUCAAUCAAAGUCAAUUACUACAUAAAGUGAUAUCGAAAAAUAACCAACAGGAAGAACAACAGAUUGUACUCGACGAUUCAAAUGAUCAAUUUUUAAAUCAUUUACUUGAAAAUGGAUGUAAUGCUACUCAUGAUUUCAAAUUAAUUAAAUAUAAUAUUGGAUUCAGCGAUUUAGUGUUACGAAGUACCGCAAGAGCUGAUCAAUUGACAAUAUCGGAGAAAUUAGAAAACGUUCCUCGAUUAUUACUGGAGUUUAAGCUGUCUCGUGUGGAAACCAUUGUGAUUGUGGGAAAAGGAAUUUGGGAGAUUAUAGUUAAAUAUUUUAUGAAGGAAUUGAAUAUUAGUAGUACGAAUUUUAAAUUGACUAGCAGCAACAGUAAUAGAAAAAGCGAUGGUGGUAGUGCUCCCAAAAAUUUUGAAUGGGGGUUAUUACAAAAAGGAUCAGAUUUGACUUAUAAUUUAAUCAUUGAUUCUAUUUACAAACAUAUUGACGAGUCAAGUAAAAUAUACAUACUUCCCAAUACUUCGGGGCUUGUGGCGAGUUUAUCAUUCGAUGAAAAAUUGAAACUUUGGCAAGACAUGGUUAAUGAUUUAUAA